ACAAACACCAUGACCGAAUCGAUUGUCAGUAUUUUCCAACACGAAGAUCAAGUUUGAUAAGAUAAAAGGACACGUACUCCACAAGCGAAAAACGCAUAAAAGUCGAAAGCCACUGUUCGUGAACCAUUAAUUCAUUUCUAACAGUGAUUACUUCCACAAUAUGGCAGCGUACUACUGGGUAGACACCAAGGCUCGUCACGGCCACGUACCAUCAACAGCCCUACGUGGUGGUACCGACAUCGAUGGCGCCCCAAUUUUCGUUGGAAGGGGAUUUUACGAAGGGGACUGGAUCCCAGCUAAAGUCAUCCCUUCGAAACACGUCGCUUACGUGCCAUACAACGGAAAGGAAAUCGCUCUCGAUAAUUUCCAGGUUCUUUGUGAGCAACAGUUCGACUGGGUGCCAUCAGCAGGAGGUCACGUACCCGAACAUGCCGUAAUCGGAGGCAGGACUUCCGAUGGGGAAAAUUUGUACAUCGGCAGGACCCACCAUAACGGUUCCCACACCGUGGGCAAGGUACACCCUAGCCACAGGACCCUUUACAUCCCCUUCAACGGUAAAGAGGUCGGUCACAAGGAGUACGAGAUCCUCGUGCUCAGGCCUUACAGGCCACCACCGUCGUACUCUUCAAUCUAUAGCAAAAAACCUCCCCAAUGUGGUUGCUACAACCACCAGAGCAACCCUAACGUACACCGGAUCCGUCCCGCAUGUUGCUAUCCUCCCAAUAUCGGUUUUUCACCCCAACGUCCUACUCCUCCUCCUCCUCCUCCUGCACAGUGUACGUCUUGCUCCUGUAGAGGUCAGCCCAACCGUUUUGGACCACCAAAUAAGGGAGGUAUAAGACCGUAUUACUGGGUGGACACGUUCGCACGCGGAGGAGUACCCUCCACAGCCCUCCAGGGGGGUCACGACAUCGAUGGGUCGCCGAUUUUCGUCGGGAGGGCUUACCACGAGGGCGACUGGAUCCCCGCCAAAGUGAUUCCCGACAAACAAGUCGCCUACGUGGCUUACGGAGGGGCUGAACACGCCAAGGGACAGUAUCAAGUGUUAUGUGAACAGAGGUUCGACUGGGUUCCGACAUCCGGAGGUCACGUGCCCCCAGGGGCUGUCGAGGGUGGAAAAACCUCCGACGGAGAGACCCUUUACGUGGGAAGGGUGCAUCACGAUGGGGCAUGCACCGUUGGAAAGGUCCAUCCGAGCCACGGGGUCUGCUAUAUACCCUUCGAUGGAAGGGAGGUCGGACACGACAGUUACGAAAUCCUCGUAUUGAGAAAUUAAGUAUUUUUUUAUAUAAAAAGCGUAUUUUAUUUAAUUUUUGAGUAUCAAUAAAGUUGUUAAAGGUGAA